UGACGGAUAAGCAGAUCUAUUCCAAAGUAGGGUUUAGAUGAUAAAUGAGGCCACCAUUUUCAUUCCAUGAAUGCCACUUUACCUACUAAUCUAUUCGCUCUCACAGAAAUCCCCUUCACACUUUCUUUCCUUCUCUUCCUACCUUUGACUUUGACCCCACGAUGAAUCCCGGGCGUCCCUCCGCGGAUACAUGAUUUCUUUUCUUCCACGCGCCACCCAACUUCAACAAGCAGCAAUAACACAGUCAAAACUAAAUAGUAAAUAAAUAGACGUCCUAAUUGUUACUCUCCAAAGUCCAAACAAAACAAAAAAAUUACCGCGGUAGGUACUUUAUAUUUUUAACCUUUAACCCCUCUCCACGCGGCCGUAUCGGAGAGUCGACAUGCGUUGCCUCACUCCCCGAAUUACCCGAAAGCAGAAACGAAAUCUUGAAAGAAAUUUUAAAAAAGAAAAAGAAAUGAAGGGAACGGGAAGCCAUAAAACGAGAGAAUGAUGAAGGCAGGGUGGGUGAAAAUAUUUUGUGAGAGAAGCCUGGUUGUGGUUGGGGUUGGAUCCAAAAAAGCUAGUUUUCUUUUCAACUUUCUUGCUUGCCAAACAACGUUGGCGACCUCUCUGUUCUCUGUCUCCUCCUCCCUCCUUUUCCCACUUCCUUAAAACGCUCUUCCACUCCCCGAGAAAACGAUAGAAAGUGAAGCAACCCAAAAUAAAAAUAAGAAGAAGAAGAAAGAAACAGCUAGCGUCUAGCAGUGUGUGUGAUUGCUGUCUGAGCUUCAGAGCUUACACACAUUUCCUAUUGCAAGGACAAUGGGUUGUCGUUGUUCCAAGCUUUCUCUCUGCUGGUGGCCUUCUUCCUCCCGUCUCAAACCCAACCACCACGCCUUAUCCGAUCUCGAGAAUGGGGAGGCGGUGCCGGGUUUUAGAGAGUACAGCCUGGAGCAGCUGCGAGCGGCGACGUCCGGGUUCAGUCCGGACAACAUAGUGUCGGAGCACGGCGAGAAAGCUCCCAAUGUGGUUUACAAGGGGAAGCUCAGGGGAGAAGACCGAUGGAUCGCGGUCAAACGCUUCAACAAGUCCGCUUGGCCUGAUUCUCGCCAAUUCCUCGAGGAGGCCAAGGCCGUGGGGCAGUUGAGGAGCGAGAGACUGACCAACUUGUUGGGUUGUUGCUGUGCCGGGGAUGAUAGGUUGCUGGUCGCCGAGUUCAUGCCUCAUGAGACCCUCUCCAAGCAUCUUUUCCACUGGGAGAACCAGCAUAUGAAAUGGCCAAUGAGGCUGAGAGUGGCCCUCUAUCUAGCUCAGGCUCUAGAAUACUGCAGUGCCAAGGGGCGAGCUCUGUAUCACGACCUCAAUGCUUACAGAGUUUUGUUUGACCAGGAUGGUAAUCCAAGGCUUUCCUGCUUUGGUCUAAUGAAGAACAGCAGGGAUGGCAAGAGUUACAGUACAAACUUGGCCUUCACUCCUCCUGAGUAUUUGAGGACUGGAAGAGUAACACCAGAGAGUGUAGUUUACAGCUUCGGAACCCUGUUACUUGAUCUUCUUAGUGGGAAGCAUAUACCCCCAAGCCAUGCACUUGAUCUUAUACGAGGGAAGAAUCAUAUGAUGCUGAUGGACUCUUGCUUGGAAGGUGAUUUUUCUAACGAUGAUGGUACUGAAUUAGUGCGAUUAGCCACACGUUGCUUACAGUUUGAAGCUCGUGAGAGACCGACUGCAAAGUCCCUUGUGGCUGCACUGGCCCCUCUUCAGAAGCAAACAGAGGUUCCGUCCUAUACUCUAAUGGGCAUUCCACAUGGAACUGAAGCCGCCCAGGAACCGAUAUCAUUGUCGCCUUUAGGUGAAGCUUGCUCAAGGCUGGAUCUUACUGCAAUACACGAGAUACUUGAAAAGGUUGGAUACAAAGAUGAUGAGGGCAUUGCAAAUGAGCUUUCCUUCCUGAUGUGGACAGAUCAGAUACAGGAGACACUGAACUGUAAGAAGCGUGGGGAUGCUGCAUUCCGAGCCAAGGACUUCUCAACAGCUAUGGACUGUUAUACACAAUUCAUUGAUGGCGGGACGAUGGUGUCCCCUACGGUAUACGCGAGGAGGUGCCUGUGCUAUUUGGUGGGGGAGAUGCAGCAAGAGGCACUUGGAGACGCAAUGCAAGCUCAGUCUGUAUCUCCAGAGUGGUCCACUGCUUUCUAUCUCCAAGCUGCUGCUCUCUUCAGCCUUGGAAUGGACAGCGAUGCACAAGAGACUUUGAAAGAUGGCGCAUCUUUGGAAGCUAAAACGCAUAGUAGGAAAUGAAAAAGAAACCAAGGGGAGAAAACAUUAGGAAGAGGAUAAAGAAAGAAAAGUGUAUAGCCUUUUUGCUUUUUGCUCUGUUUCGUUUCAGAUGCUGGCCUUUUGAUGUCAAAAGGUUUCUUUCUUUGGCAUUGAAGAAUUUGAGGCACCACAGUUGAACAUCUUUUUAUUUAUUAAUGGCUCAAGUUGCAAUCUGGUGGAUUAGAUGUGUUGUCGUUCAAAAGGCGACCAAUGACGGUGAUUCUUCUCCUUUCAAUGUGCUGGCUGUGUCAUAAAAUACUAAUGGUGUACGGCUUUUCUUGAUAUUGAAGUUAGGGCUGGAAAUUGUUUCGAGUCUUGUGUUAAUUAAAGUUAAAGCACCCUAUAAAGGAUACAAUAUUAG